UCUUCACUUUCUCCUUCACCGUGCCCUCCUCACGAUUAGGCAACGCUGUACACUGUGACCUGCGUGUCCAAUCGUAAUAGAAAAAGACACCAUGGUUGUUCCUCCCGCAUACGCCGACCUGGGCAAAUCCGCUAAGGAUAUUUUCAGCAAGGGCUAUGGCUUUGGUGUUGUGAAGCUGGACCUGAAAACUAAGUCACAGAAUGGAGUUAUGGAGUUUUCUACCUCUGGCUCCAGUAACACAGACACAGGUAAGGCUGGUGGGCACCUGGAGACCAAGUACAAGGUGAAGGACUUGGGCCUGACCUUCAACCAGAAGUGGAACACAGACAACACCCUUGCCACUGAGGUCACCAUGGAGGACCAGCUGGCUCAGGGUUUGAAGCUGAGCCUUGACACUUCAUUCGUUCCCAACACGGGCAAGAAGAGUGGAAAGCUGAAGAGUAGCUACAAGCGUGACUAUGUCAACCUCGGCUGUGACAUCGACUUCGACCUUGCUGGCCCAACUAUACACACGGCCGCCGUGCUGGGCUACGAGGGCUGGUUGGCCGGCUACCAAAUGGCCUUUGACACGGCCAAAUCGAAGCUGGCCCAGAACAACUUCGCUCUGGGUUACAAGGCAGGGGACUUCCAACUGCACACCAAUGUGAAUGAUGGAACCGAGUUUGGGGGCUCCAUCUACCAGAAGGUGAACGAUCAGCUGGAGACGGCUGUCACUCUGGCCUGGACUGCAGGCAGCAACAACACGCGAUUCGGGAUUGCAGCCAAAUACCAGCUGGAUAAGGAUGCCUCUCUAUCGGCCAAAGUGAACAAUGCCAGCCUGGUUGGAGUAGGAUACACACAGAGCCUGCGACCAGGAGUGAAGCUCACUGUCUCUGCCCUGAUCGAUGGCAAGAACUUCAAUACUGGGGGACAUAAGGUUGGAUUGGGCUUUGAGCUUGAGGCGUAGAGAUGGGGGGAAAAAAAACAAAAGCAAGAAGAGCAACAAAGUGAAGAAAAGUCGAGAACCCACCCUAAGCCCACCAAGAAAUUACCCCUGUAACCCCCGGCCCCACCGCAUACACACCCAAACACCAGUGUUUUGGCCUUAACAGUCAAAUCCACAGUAUCCCUUUAAUAGCCUCUACUAUAAACUGGAAACCCUGCUGAAAGACCCACAUUCUUUUCAGUUGUGGACUGUUCCAAUAGUCCCGAUAGUAAUUGCUCAUCCAAGCUCUAAGAGUACGCUUACAAAGGGGUGAUCGCUUAUUAAGGAUAAAUGCAAUUUGAAAUAGGUAAGGCUGGAAAUAGAACUCAAAAAGGCACUUGAAUGGAGAUAUUUGUGUUAUAACUGAAUAUGACAUGUCAGUUAGGAGUUCCAUUUCUGGUUCAAACAAAAUGGCUGCUGAUUUGUCCUCGGAUGAAUGUAUUGCCCCUCUGUGAAUCUACCCUUUUCUGUCUGACCUGUGACCGGAAGUAGAAAGACCACAAGGGGGCACAGAAACGAUUUUAAGUUAUUUUUCUUCCCUAACCAAUAGAUUUGUUUAAUUGUCCUGUGUAUCAGACUAUAUAUCAAGACAAUAUCCUCUUUUCUUUCAUUGGUAGAAUCUUAGUUUUGUAUAUUGUUAUCAAGUUUGAUUGUUUGGUCACCUGCCUGUAAUCUUUUCAAAUCCAUAUUGACUUGUGAUUCAGAUAGGGAAGGAGCUGGAUUUGGAUUGUAUUUUGUGGAAUAAAUUUUCAAUUGUAUAAUUUCACAGUGAAAGAAGCUGGGAGUCAUUUUGAAAUGGUGAAAUGGCAGACAGUUUUUUUCAAAACAACACCUUGUUAGAGGCCACACUUUCAGACUAAAUGAACCUGCUGAAGAUUCAGUCUCGACCAUACAAAGUUAUAAAAGAAAAGCUGGGAUGAAGGGAAAAUUAACUCCACUGUUCAAUAAUGCCACUUCAGUCUGGCAAUGAAUACAUGUGGCAAUGCUGCACUCAUUGAGUACUUUAUGUAAGAGUAAAGCUACACUGCACUUCUGUAUGGGAUUGCUGGCCGCACAAAGGACUGCCAUCUCCUGUCAAUACCAGAACACAGAUCCAAGUUACUUGAUUGUACUGGAGUAUCAGCAUACUUCCAGUCAACCAUGUAUAUAAUAUACAUACUCUGUGCAGAGUUGAGCACUUUCACGGUCGUCAGUUGAAUUUCACCUUCCACUAGCAAAUGGAUUCUCUUCUUUUCAGUGUCCAGAUCAUGUACGCCAAGCUUUGUACCUUUCACUGCUGUAAUCCUCAUUACACUAUUAUUUUCAGUAUGAUUUUGAAGAUUGAGUUGUGUGUUAAUACAUUACCUCUUUUUAUGUUCACUUCUGUCCAACUCCAGUUAACAAUUAUAAUAAAAACACUGUUGAUAUGA